CCGAGGAAACCGAGGGAAGCAUGGAGAGAGAUGACUGAAACUGCAGACAGAGUUAACAUGUUAGCCUGAAGUGAGUCAAAGAUCUUCUUUUCUUCCCAUGUUAAGACCAUGCGUGUUUUCUCCGACCUUUGUGCUUCUCCAGAAACCCUCCAGUCCUUCCCAGCCGGAGCAGGAGACCCGACCCCUGCGUUAGGACCGGCCCUCUUCACGGCCGUCGCCUUCUCCUCCAGAGGAUCGUCAGACCUCAUCACAGACCCGAUGAGCCACAGGUCACCUCCGCAGCAGACUUCGGUGUUCAGCAGGCCUGUCCAGUCUUUAGAGGGGGCAGAGGACGAGCCCAAAGUUUCUCUGGAAGAAAGCGACCUUUGGAGACAGUUCCACAGAUACGGGACCGAAAUGGUUAUAACCAAAUCUGGGAGACGCAUGUUUCCACCGCUCAGAGCCAGAUGCACAGGGAUGGACAGUCAUGCCAAGUACAUUCUUCUGAUGGACAUAGUGGCAGCGGACGACAGCAGAUACAAGUUUCAUAACUCCUGCUGGAUGGUGGCGGGGAAGGCGGAUCCUGAGAUGCCCAAACGCAUGUACAUCCACCCGGACAGUCCAGCAACGGGUGAGCAGUGGAUGUCCAAAGUGGUCAGCUUCCACAGACUGAAACUGACCAACAACAUAUCGGAUAAGCAGGGGUUUACGAUUCUCAACUCGAUGCAUAAAUACCAGCCGCGCUUUCAUAUUGUGAAGGCUAAUGACAUCCUGAAGCUUCCUUUCAGCACCUUUAGGACAUACGUCUUCUCUGAGACAGCAUUCAUCGCAGUAACGGCUUACCAGAAUGAUCAGAUCACGCAGCUGAAAAUAGACAACAAUCCUUUCGCUAAGGGCUUCAGAGACACGGGCAAUGGAAGGAGAGAGAAGAGGAAACUGCAGCAUUUACCAGUAAAGUCUAAAGAGACACCAGUGAACAUAAACCUGAUUCAGGACAGUGAAUGUAAACCUGUGAUAGACUCCUCGCUACAGUUCUCUGUAAACUCCACAUCUUCAGAUUCUCAUGAAAGUGGGCGUGGCAAAGACAACAAUGUUGAGGACAAUCCUGAAGAAGAAGAUCACAUCACCCAGCAGGAAAAUGGAACACAGUCCAGAGUUUCAUCAACAGAAAUAACAGCACAAAGUCACCUCAGUGCAGAGGAAGAAAUGGACACCAGUAAGAGCCAUGAUUCCCCUGACUUAGCUGAUUCAGCUGGUUGCUGCCAGCCACAAUGCUUAGAGCGGGAUCGGUUUUGCAAAUUAUGCAGCAGUCUCCCUCACAGUUGUGUUUAUCCACCAAAACUCCUGGAGCAUGCAAUGCUGUGUGGACUGAGCCUGACAGCCCCUAUAAGGACUCCAGGAUCUCCAGGCUUUCACACCAGGCCACCUCAGCAUCCGCUGGUUCAGGACCUGGUGAGCUUUUCACAAUCUGGAGCCUUUCUGUUUUAUCCCUACUGGAGCUUUACAGCAGCAUCAGCUCCAUAUCUCUUCCCACCAGCACCAUCUGGAGUGGAUUUCAGAGCCCUUUCCAGUGUCCACAGCCGGGGCUACCUCACUUCUCCCCUCAUGUCUUCUGUUUCUUCUGUGAGUGGUGGGGAAUUUAAAUAUUUUACCCCUGACUUGCUUUUCCCACCCAAAAUAGACCAGAAGAACUCACUGGGCAAAGCAGAUGUGGACUGCAGUAAGGAGGAGUUCAAAACAGAGUGAAAAUCUAACUUGUGACUUAUAGCUGCUAAUGAAUGUGCCUGCAUGUGAUCUGACCCCCCCUCACCUACAGACUGGUAAGGCUGCCAUUCCAAGGAUCUGCCACUGUAUACUGAAAAGUUUCAUUCAUCAGCCUCCGUUACUGAUGACUAAAGAGCAUCUCAUUUCAAUACAUGAUAACAUCAUACAUGAUUGAGGUGAAGUUACAUGUGGAUACUAAAGAUGCUUAGAAUCAGAAAGUUCUACACUGAGUUACAUGAGAAACCCUCCAAAAAAUAACGUCUCCAUAAAAUAAAAUAAAAAGUAAUGGUGUUUCAUCACCAGAUGAAACUUGCUGUAAAGUUUAGCCAGCUACUGAGCCAACAACAGAAAUGACAAAGACUAUAUCACCAAAUAAUGAAGUGGUACCUUGUGUAAUUGGUUUAAAAAAAGAAACUGCCUCUGCACCUUCAUUAAAGUACUCAAUAUUUUAAAUGUUUUUUCUUGAUUUCCUAUCUUCCCUCUUCUUCUUCCUUCUUUCUUGAAUUUUUUAGAGUUAAAAAAAAGUUACUUGUACUACAGUAAAAAAGAGAAGAGACCCCAUGGUUCUUUGCCUCUGAUUUCUCAGGCUGGCUGGGUGACCAGCGCCUGGAAGAGGUAGUGCCAAACUUACUCCAUGUCAGAAUUUAUUUAUUUAUUUUUGCCCCAUUAGUUGUUACCGCAGUAACGACUAUUCCCCCUGGGGUCCA